AUGUGCGAACGUGUCUCCAUAUACGCACACGGAGAGUUGUUUGUGACCUUCAAUGAAAACUACACACGGCCACAAUAUCAGUGCCUUGCCACUUGUGCAGACUGCCAGCUGCCGUUUGCGCUGAGAGACAAGAUCUCGGGCUUGUACAGACAACUCAAGACUCUGGAGGAGAGUGGGGAAUCUCUGCCAGGGGAAUCGUGGACUACGGGUGACGAGGAAGAAUACCGUCGCUGGGUGAAACGGUUCGACGAGCUCUUCAGAAUCAAGGAAAGGCAUCUGGGUUCUGAUGGAGACAAUCGCGUGCCGGGGCCGAUUCGACGAAACAAAGCGGAGAAGAUAGUUCACAUGAAGUAG